CGCGUCAGGAGUGCCGACACCACAUUGUCACUCACGGCAUCUUCAGCACGCCGGCAACUUGUCCACUGUGAAGGCAAAAAGAUGGCUGGACUGGUACAGAAACCUAUAAUACAGUUAACUGGGUUCAAACAGCCUGAAAAGGAGGAACUUAUCAAAUUGCUGAAUCAACUUGACUGUGAUUAUUUUCAUGAACAUGAAUACAAGCAACAGUGCACUCAUAUGAUAGCAAAAAAACCAAGUCGAAGUGAAAAAAUUUUAGCAGCUUGUGCAGCUGGAAAAUGGGUCCUAACGAAAGACUAUAUCAGUGACAGUGCCCAGAAUGGCAGGUGGCUCAAUGAAAUCCAGUAUGAGUGGGGAUAUAAAAUUAAAAGUAACACACAGUUACGUAUACCAGUGGAUUCUGUACCAAAGAUAUGGCGUGAGGAGCUGGCUCGAUCUGGGAUAGCAGGAGUGUUCCACAACUGGAAGGUAGUGCUUCUCAUUAAUGAUGAAGGCAGAAGAGCUUGUUUCAAAAGGGUCCUACAUGCUGGGAAAGCAACAGUCUAUCAUCGACCAAGAAAAUGCUGUCAGAUUACACAUGUAUUUACAGAAAGCAGAAAUUAUACGAUGGAGAAGCUAAGAAAUAUAUACAAGGCUCCUUGUUAUCCUGUGGAGUACAUUGGACGGUUCAUUAUGCAGCCUCUUUGUUGUAAAAUAUCAAACCCGGACCUUGAGCUCUCAUGUAUGAAUAUUGAGUAUAAUGAUUACAUGAAAUCCAGUUCCUUCCUGAAUUCAACUUUUGAUGAUGCACAGACCUUGCAGCCAAGUUUCCAAGGAAGAAAGGAUAUGAAGGUUAUCUCUACUUCAAAUAAUCAGAGUGACACACUAGAGCUAAGACUUCGGAUGUGCCUUAGUUCACCUGCGGCAAUACAAAGCAAAUAUGUACCAUCGGAUAUAGCCUGCUGCUUACGUACUUCAAAUGCAAGAGAACACCAGAUUCAAGUAAUGUUUCCUGGAGUUACUUCUAAUAGAAUAGAAGGUAUUUUGGAGGGGCAGUUCUACAUGGAAGCAUUAAAGGAAAUGGGCUUCCAUUUGUCAUCCAAGUUUUUUCCACCAGCACCUCUUAUGCAAUCCUUCUUGCAGCUGAUUCUGGAUGGUAAUGUAGGCCUGGGUUACUUGCAUGAGUUCGUCAGCAUUAUGCAAAGUCUAAUUCUUAAUCAUCCACCCUGGCAACAUUCUUCCAUAGUGAGUUACUAUAUGGAGAUUCUACAGUGUUCCAUUUGUAAGAAAGGAAGUUCAUUUCUUUUUGACUCAUUAGCAAGAUGUUGUGUUUACAAUGAAGAACCUUGCCAUAAACCAUCAAGUCAAGAGCUUUUUCCUUUGGAAAUGAAACCACUUUAUCGAUUAGUACUAAGAUGCUAUUUUGACCUAUUUGAAGCUGAAUUGGAGGCUUUAAAUAAAAGCUGUUAUGAAAACAAACGCAGUGGUGGUUCUCUUAUCAUCCCCCAUUCUGUCCUUGCAAAAAUUUUUAUGGAAUAUUCUGAUGCGAUGACUAAUUCUGUAGCUGCAUUAUUUGAUUGUGUUCUUCAAGCAACUAGAGCAUUGGUUAAAAAACCAAAUGAUAAAGGAAUCUAUGAAACAGCAUACAUCUUGCAUGGCAUAUUGGGAGUAAUUGUGGAAUAUCGACUUCUUUUGAACAGACUACAUGGAAAGUCCUUACUUGGUCGAACCUGGGAUGAUUUACAAUAUUACAUUCCUAUAUGCUGUCAAGGUUGCAAUCAAGAAGAACUUGAGAUGAUGUUUAAACUGAUGCCAUCACGUUGGCUACAAAUGUUCAUUGCAAAUGGCCUUUAUAAGCAGACAUGUCUCAAUAAUGGCAUUGAGAUCUCUGCAAAAUCUUUCUCACUCAAAGAAAUUGUCUCUUCAUAUUUAAUAGCCCUUGGGAGGCUGGGAAGUUGUAGCAAUGUGAUGAAGGACCCCAAGGGAAAGAAGAUGGGGCAGUGGCAUUGGUCUGAACCUUUGAGGCCAUCAGCUGUUUUAAGUGGUGACAUGCAGAAGCAAGUGGAUGAACUGGCCAUUCCAGCGAAGAAAUAUCGUCCAUUAUCAACAAAGGAUAUUAAUUGCCUGGAUGCAAAGGAAACUAAAAGUGAAUACAAUAACAUCAAAAUGAAAGGGGCUGUUUCAUUACAACAAGACCGCCUUGGAAGAUUGUCCUUAAAUUGUAUCAAUUCACCAAAGAUGAAAGAAGAUGCCCCUGUUGUUAAUAAAGUUGCAAAGGUGGAGAAUGCAGAGCCAUUUGGAAGUUUUAAGAGUGAUGUUAAUCCUACUGAAUUUGAAUCUGGUGCUUACCUCUGGUCUAUGUUGCUAAAAAAUUAUAUUGAAAAUUACAACUUGCCCUUAAUCUGUCAUGUUGUAAAUGAUGAAUCUUCGAAUGCCAUUCAAACUCUAGGGAAGAGUAGGUUUGAGAAUGUGGUUAAUUCCUUUCCUGACCAGCUGAUGGUGCAGUAUGCUGAAGAUGUAAAAGCUUACAAGGAACUUCCAAAUUGUAUUCAGCAAGUGCUUGGCAUUCUCAGGAAUGGAUCUCUGGCACUUGGAGGGCAAACAGAAUUGCUACUUUUGUACUUGGAAUCAACACUUACAAAUUUUUGAUUUCAAAUGGGAAAGAUACAUUUUCAUCUCAGAAUCAGGGUCCAACUUGAAAUUCUGAUGGCAUAAGUACUAAGUUGUGAAAAUCUGAUACUGCUUCAAUUUGAAGGCUGGUAUU